AUGCAGGCCACUACCCCAGGGAUUAAUCCUAUCUGCAAUGAGAUUAUUGGCACUGUGCAACAAGCAUUUAUUGGCAAAAGAUCGAUUAUCAAUACUGCUCUGGACAUCAUUACUGUUCUAAGAAAUCAAGAAGACCAAUUGGCACAACACUGGUUCUUACAACUAGACCAACAAAAAGCUCAUAUAGUUGACUCCAGCUUCAUUUCUGAGGCUUUUAGAGUUGAAAGGGGGGUUAGACAAGGAGAUCCACUCUCUCCACUUUUAUAUGUUCUAGCUAUUAACCUUUUGAUCCAAGCAAUCAAUCAAAACAUUAAAGGUAUCUCAGUUAACAGCUCCAUAUUUAAAGUCGCAGCAUAUGCAGAUGAUCUCUUAAUUGAAGUCUUAUCUCUAUAUGAGCAGGCUACUAAUGCACUUGUUAAUAAAUCCAAAUCUACUUUCAUUCCUUUUACUGCAAAUGCUAGCAAAGUGGAACUGAGUGAUCAAUCUAGAUUUAAUUUACUAGUAGACACUCAAAGCAACAUCACAAUUCUAGGCUUUAUGGUAAAUUCUAAAGGUGAACCUAAUAAAGCCCUCUGGAGCAACACAAUUAAAAAAAUUAAAAACAAGAUUCAAGACCUCUCUCUCUCAGAGAAAUCUCUCCUUCAAGGAAAAGAUUCUCGCAACCAAAAUGUUACUAGUUUCAAAGAUCUGCAUAACUAUGAACAAGGUGGUCUGUCAGCUUCUAUUCUUAAGGACAUGCUUGAUGCAAGACUUCUUACUAUACUGCUCAAACUCUUUACAAGUAAUAGUUUCUGGGCUACUACAGAAAGAGAAACUAUAAGUACAAAGCUUUAUAACAAGAGGAAAAUCUCAGCUACUAUAGCCCUAUUGCAAACCUCCUGCAAAACUAAGGGCUGGUCUGACAGCUGGAAGCUUUAUAUUACAGCAUGGGGAAGAUUCAAAGAAAAAAUCUUAACCAAUGAUACAUGGCCUUGGUCUUUAGAACAAAUCAAAAUUAGCAAUAUUUCAGAAAAGAACUCCUCUUACGAUUGGAUAAAGACAAAGUGGUUACUGAACAAAAAGAAGGAUAUAUUUUGGAGACUAACUCACAGAGCACUUUCUCUUGGAUACAUGCUUAUUCAUAUUGACCAAACCAACUUAGGGGACUGUCCUAAUUACCCCUUUAAAUGCUCACUAAGCAAAGUAAUCUGGGAAACAACCUACAGAGCGCUUAUCAAUACAGAUAGAGAUGCCAUCCCUAGAACUUUAGAAGACAUCACUUUGGCAACCAACAACAUGAACACCCAAAAAAGAAAACCAGCCAUUUGGUUUCAUAUUACAGCUAUCUAUAAAAUAUGGUGCUGGUAUACCCAAGCCAGGUGGGGUGAUAAUAUAGUUCCUCAAGAGGCAAUAGCAAACAUCAUAACUAUAAGAAUCAAACAUGAAAUCAAACUAUUACAAAAAUUACUCAACAAAAAAUCAUUUGUGGAGGUAGUGGUGGUUGCUGGUGUUGCUUCUACUUCUGCUAAUGAGUUGGAGGGGUUUGUAAAAAUAUGGAGUGUUGGUUCUUGUAUGGGAGGUGGCUCUGAAACAACUGUGAUGAAAGGAUUAUCAUCAGUUGUAUUAGAGGAGUUAAGAGCUGUUAAAUCAUCUUGA